ACAUGAUGAUGAUAUAUAUCGCCAUGCAUAAGGAAAAUUGAAGUGUAGUCUCAUCUUCACUUAUUACAAAUAAAUAUCUCCUAAUAAUCAUGUCAUAAGAUGAAGCCAAUUUUGUUUGCAAUAUUCUUGAUUUUGGUUUCGGUAAUGUUCCUUCCCUCCUCAACACUUGCAGCUCCAGCAGUAGGGAAGCGCGUGGUGAUAAGAAAGAAGCAUAUAGAAGAGGAGGAAGAAGAGCUCCUAAUUCUUAUGUGGACAAUGAUCCAUAUGAAAGAGGAAGAGUUGGAGGAGUACAUGCACCUCCUAAUCCUGUUCGCUUUCGUCCUACACGUCCAUACAGAGGAAGAGGAAGAGGAGGAGGACCACCACAUCCACAUCCUAAGCCUCAUGUCUUAUAGAGCUGUUUUCUUGUAUUGCUUUAUUCCUAUUCCUCCCAAUUCUUAUAGAGGAACAGCUCCGAAUCCACAUAGAAGAUGUAUUAAUAAUCCAUACAACUGUUUUUGCUCUCCACCACCUAAUAAUUAAGCAUUUAACACUUCAUUAAUUAAUUGAGGUCAAAGAAGAAGCAAUGAUAAUAAUAAUUCAUAUAUAAAGUGUUUCGUUUUAAUUUGAGUGCCUUGUAUCCAAAUGCAUAAACUUGUAAUAUAUUAACUAGCGUGUUAGAUUUGAGCUUCUUGUAAACUUAAUAGUGCCUGUGAAAUAAAACCAUAUAUUAGCCUUCAAUUUUCA